AUGUCCCCCCCCGCCCAGCCGGGGGUGCCGGGCGGGCGCGGCUCUAAGGUGCCCCCGGCGCGGAAGCUCCUCUGCAUGUGCAGCCUCUCCCUCUGCCUCACCUACCUGUGCUACAGCCUCAUGGGGGGCACCGGCCCGGGCGCCCUGCGCUCCCCGGCCGCCCUCCCCGGCACGGCGGCCCCGCGCUUCCCCGCCGCGCUCCCCGGCAUGGCGGUCCCCGGGGCCCCGCGCUCCCCGGCCGCGCUCCCCGGCACGGCGGCCCCGCGCUCCCCCGCCAGCCCGCCGGGCAGCUCCGGCGCCCCGGCCCCCUCCGCGGCUCCGACGCGGGCCUCCAACAGCAGCCGGGAAGGGGCGGCGGGCGCCUGGCUGCGGACGGCCCUGGCCCCCGGCGAGGUGAUCACGGCGCAGAGCGGAGCCUUCGAGAGGGACCCGCAGGAGUCGAGCACCACGGACGAGGAGCUGAGCCGGGCCGGCAGCCCGGGGGGCCGCGGCGGCGGCGGCAGCACAACGCCGGACUACGGGGAGAAGCGGCUGCCGCAAGCCCUCAUCAUCGGGGUGAAGAAGGGCGGGACGCGGGCGCUGCUGGAGGCAAUCCGGGCGCACCCCGACGUGCGCGCCGUGGGCACCGAGCCCCACUUCUUCGACAGGAACUACGAGAAGGGGCUGGAGUGGUACAGGAACGUGAUGCCCAAGACUCUGGAUGGCCAGAUCACCAUGGAGAAGACCCCCAGCUACUUCGUGACCAACGAGGCCCCCCGGCGCAUUCACUCCAUGGCCAAGGACACGAAGCUGAUCGUGGUAGUGAGGAACCCGGUCACCCGGGCCAUCUCGGACUACACACAGACGCUCUCCAAGAAGCCAGAGAUCCCCACCUUUGAGGUGCUGGCCUUCAAGAACCGGACCCUGGGGCUGAUUGAUGCCUCCUGGAGUGCAAUCCGCAUUGGGAUCUAUGCCCUGCACUUGGAGAACUGGCUCCAGUACUUCCCUCUCUCCCAAAUCCUUUUUGUCAGUGGCGAGAGGCUCAUCACUGACCCAGCCGGGGAAAUGGCCAAGGUCCAGGACUUCUUAGGCCUCAAGAGGAUUGUGACAGAGAAACAUUUUUAUUUUAAUAAAACCAAGGGGUUCCCCUGUCUAAAGAAGCCAGAGGACAGCAGUGCUCCCCGGUGCUUGGGGAAGUCCAAGGGUCGAACUCAUCCCAAAAUAGACCCAGACGUCAUCCACAGACUGCGGAAGUUUUACAAACCGUUCAAUGUCAUGUUUUACCAAAUGACGGGCCAAGAUUUCCAGUGGGAGCAGGAAGAAAGUGAUAAGUAG